AUGGAGUUGUUCUUUCUACGACAUGGCGUCCGUAUUGACCACGAACGCCAAAGGGACCCCACGGCGAUGCCUAUCCACUCGUCAUAUCCUCCGUGGGACCCUCUGUUGGCCCAGCGAGCCCUGGCCCAGAUCGAAGCCGCGGCCAAUGAGUUUGUCAACUUGACAACAUGCUUCCCUGAUGUCGACAAACCGGCCCGGAAAAAUAUCUACAUUCACUUCAGUCCAUACCUCCGAACCUGUGAGACCGCAGAUCUUCUUGUCUCGGCUUUGAAGCCUUUAAUUGCGGCGAAAUUCCCCCAAUACAAAGUCCGGUUCCAGCUUCUUGGCGAUUUUGCCCUUUCAGAGUGGAUUCAUGAUCUGAUGAAAGUCAAGCCACCGUACGUGGAUAAUAAUGAUGCAUAUGACAUGUACACCCCCAACUUGAAGAUGAUCAAAAAUAAGAAUUGUGUGCUGAAUUUUCGACCUACCGUGACAUUGGGACCUUUCAAUGGGCCGGAUCUUCUGUACCUGCAAUAUUUGGAACGGUCUAAAGAAUAUUUCACCAAGCUCAUAGCCACCUACGAUAAACCAGCGGCAAUGAAUAACCGAGAUAUCGUCAUAGUCGUGGGUCAUGGCUAUAUGAUCAACCACUUUCUCCUGUUUUUCAUCAGCCAUCCUUUAUUCCAGGAGCUUCCUGAAGCUACGUUGAACUAUGCUCGCAGAGAGAUGAAUGAACCGGAAAACCCGUGGCACUUAAUCAAAGACUCGGUGGGACUUCUCAAAAAGGAUCCCCUGAUUGAUCUGUACCUCAAUUUCACCUCCGAUAUCGUUUAUUAUAAGACCACGUUCGUGAAGAAGGAUGAGAUCGACGAUAACGGUGAUAUCGUGAUGACACCGCCCACGGUGUCUAAAGGUAAUAUGUUAUCUCCGUGGCUGGAAGAUCGCCCUCGGCCACUGUUCAAACUCCCCAUAUCACAACUGCUGCCAGAUUUACCCACAUCGAGGCCAACCCCAGUGUGUGCCGCUGCUCGAGAUUGGAAUCCCCAACAGGCCAACAAGUUCAAAAUCAAGCAUGAAUUCGCCCUUAAAGCCAUGCAUGAUGAUGUUUUCAAAAAGACGUUUGAUUUGAGUCAUCAUCCAGAGAAACCAGUAACUCCUGAGGUAUCUCCGCUGAGUGAACCACUGAGACAAAACCUGGUCAUUGACUUAACGAAGCUCAAUUCAAAUGACGAAAUCCAUCAUCCCUUGAAAUUGCGAUAUUCCACGACCAGUGAUAUACCUAUCAGCACUCUCAACAAUCGUCUUAAUACUUCCCAAUUGAACUUGGCUCAAUUUUUGCGAGAAGACCUGUACCUGCUGUUAGUGGGUACAUCGCGAAAUCGGCUGAACCUGGGUGCGUCAGAUCACAUAUUCAGACUACAUAGAGAAGGUCUGAUUGAUCUGGAAUUGGAUAGCAUUCCUGAGGGUCGCGUUCUGCGCAAUCCGUCUCGCAAAACACGUACACCGUUACGUUUACUUCAUUCAGAGCUGGAAUCAUUGCCUCUGGUGGACUCAACAGAACCUCGGUUCGCCUUGCAAUUCGCUAAGGGAGAUACCGCACCGGGCUCAACUCUGCUGGAGUCUCCUUUGCCCAAUCAAGUCAAGCUUAUCUCAACAACAACGCCUGCGAAGGAAGUUUCAAUGGACUCCGCUCCAGACAGACCUACACCGUCUACUAAGGCUAAUCGCAUCUUUUAUCAAUUGGAUGAGUCGUCACUGGGUAGUGAUGACGACGAAGAUAGUAACUUCGUUUGGUUUGGUGAAAACUUGAAGCAUAAGUAA